AUGCCUGAAGAAAACUGUACUGCCGUGACCGAGUUCAUUCUCUUGGGUUUCAUCAGCCAUCCAGGGCUGGAGUUACCUUUGUUUGUGCUCUUUCUACUCAUCUAUGUCAUGACUUUGGUGGGGAACAUAGGCAUCAUUGUGCUGGUGCGGUUCAAUGCCUGCCUUCACACCCCCAUGUACUACUUCCUAAGCAAUUUAUCCUUCUUGGACCUUAGCUAUUCGUCUACCAUUUGCCCCAAGAUGUUGGUGAAUCUGCUGACACAGCAGAAAACCAUUUCUUUAGGUGGUUGUGCAACACAGAUGUUUCUGUUUGCUGCCUUUGCUGAUGCUGAGUGCCUCCUUUUGGCUGUGAUGGCAUAUGACCGUUAUGUGGCCAUAUGUCAUCCUCUUCUCUAUGCACUUGUCAUGUCCCGCAAAGUCUGUGCCUUCAUGGUAGCUGGGGCUUAUCUCAGUGGGGGUCUGACCUCACUGAUUCACACAUGCUUCACGUUCAUGCUGUCAUUCUGUGGACCCAACACCAUCAAUCAUUUCUUCUGUGACAUUCCCCCACUGCUGAAGCUCUCCUGCUCCAACGUACAUGUCAAUGAAGUCCUCCUCUUCGCCCUGUGUGGUUUCAUACAAACCAGCACCUUUCUGAUCAUCGUUGCCUCCUACACCUGCAUCCUUUGCACCAUCCUCCAAAUCUGUGCAGUGGAGGACAGACACAAAGCCUUCUCCACCUGCACCUCACAUUUGAUGGCUGUUUUGUUAUUCUAUGGCUCCCUCCUCUUCACGUAUUUACGGCCUCUCUCCAGCUACUCAAUGGACACAGACAAAGUGAUUGCUGUAUUUUACACUGUUGUCUUUCCCAUGCUGAACCCUCUCAUCUACACCCUGAGGAACAAGGAAGUAAGGGAAGUCCUAAGAAGAUCAAGAGAGAGAAAAGUGUUUUCUCAGUCAUCUACUUAG